AAAAGCUAGUCAACUGAAGUCCUACAUGAGUUUAUUCAUGGGAAUUACCUGGAAAAGAAAAGAUUCCACCUCACUCUCUAGAUGAUGGAGUGAGCAUUGGAUUUUAUUCAUUUCUUAUUAGCAAUUACUUAAGGUAGAACGGGUUCUUGAGCUUCAGAGGGAGAAGCAAAUCAGAAAUGGCUUCAUCCUCCUCCUUCACAGAAAGGUACGACGUGUUCUUGAGCUUCAGAGGUGAAGACACACACAACUACUUCACGAGCCGCUUCCACAGUAAAUUAGUUGUGUCUGGAGUCCAUACCUUCAUCGACAACAAACUAAGGAGAGGGGAAGAUCUAUCACUGUCAUUGAUCAAGGCAAUCGAAGGGUCUAGGAUCUCUCUCAUAGUCUUCUCAGCGAACUAUGCAAGUUCAACAUGGUGUCUUGAUGAGCUGGUGAAGAUCAUGGAGUGUAGAAAAACAUUGGGGCAAGCUGUUUUUCCAAUAUUCUAUCAUGUUGAUCCUUCAGAUGUCAGGCAUCAGACGGGUAGUUUUGCGAAGGCAUUUGUAAUUUAUAAAGCUGCAAAUAGAUAUCAGAGAAUGUAUCCAGGUGGAUAGCUGCAAAUUUGUCUGGCUUCCAUCUUCGUACUACUGCUAAUAGGUAAUCACUUGCCU